AUGGAAUCAGACGAAGCAACAGAGGUAAUGGACCUACCGAACAGAAUGUUCGCUGCCGGUGAAGAGCCCGUCGGGAUCAGGGUAAAUCCUUAUCACAAAGCCGGUGGGAUCAGCAUUAUCCUUGAUGCGUUGGAAGAAGAUGAAAUUGAGGUUAUUAGGAAGUCAUCAUUCGGGAGGUUUAUCGAGCUCGCGGAUAAACCAAGUUACUCUGGUCGCCUAGGACGGUUUCUUAUAUCGAAGCAGCUUAAAGUGAAGAAGAAGUACGAAGCAUGGUUCCUCUUUGCUGAUGAUCCAAUCAGGUUUUCAUUACGGGAGUUUGCGAUAGUCACUGGUCUGCCCUGUGGGAAGUACCCAAAACCGUCAAAAAAGAUAAUGAAGGAUCUUAUAUCGGAGAAGCCAUAUUGGCAUUCACUGUUUGGGAUGUUGAAAGAGGUCAGUGUAUCUUCUGUCAUUAAAAUGUUGAAGAGUAAGACAGUCACUGACAAAGAGAUACGGGUUAAAUAUGCGUGUCUUGCUCUACUCUCGUCGGUGAUACUUCCUACAACUCACUACCCGAAAAUCUCGCCCGUUCAUGCGGAGAGGAUAAAAGAUCUUGAUGAGUUUUUCGCAUAUCCUUGGGGUCGCCUAUCAUUUGAGAUGCUUAUAAGUAGCAUAAAGGAGAAGGACGAGGUAGCGCUCUCACAGAACACAAUUGCAUUCCCUGGAUUCGUUCAAGCAUUGCAGUUAGUCAUGAUGGAAGCUAUACCUGCUCUGACUGAAGUUGUUCACGAAGAUUGCUCUCUCGACUCUGAAAUUGAUUUCGGUGAAGAUGGCGAAGAGAACCGAAGUACUGGUAUCAACACGGGACAUGCCAGGAACCUUGACGCCUCCACAAAUGUCUGUAUCACCAAUAUAAUCCAGACCCCCGAGUGGUUUGAAAAUGAUGAACCUGAGGUGUGUUGGUCCGACGACGAAGGGGACACCAAAGUUGAAGGAAUGAUAAAGAAUAUUGGAGAAAGGAAACAAUUCCGCAGAACGAUGUUUCUUGGUGGUGCCACAAAGACAGACGUUGCUCUUAUGCGGGAAAAGGCUGAGGCUGAGGCGCUAGCUCGCAAGAGGAAGAAGAGAAAAGCAAAUACACAACAGGGUGGCAUAGAAAGCGGAGAAGCAGAAUUGGUACAAUCAUUUGUUUGGGAGAAGUUCACUUCCGAACUGAGCCGGGUUGAGAACAAGGUUGACGAGAUCAAACGUACACUAUCUGAUUUUCAAGAAACCAUGAUGAGUCACAUCACAAGUAACACUAAGGAGAUUUUAGACUACGUCGCUAAGAUCACUGCUCAGUCGUCCGGUCCUUCUCUGCAUCAUGCCGAUGACAACUCUCCAGCGUUCAAAAGUCCGCAUGUACCGGUUGUGGAUACAAAUGAAGCAUUCAACAGGCCACCCAUACCGGAACGAUCAGAUGACGCAUCCAAAACCAUCAACGAUGUGAUUGCCAGCGUUUCUCUGCUUAGUAACCAAAACAACAAUCUCAACAAAGACAAUGGAGACCAUUCGGUCGACCCUCUUUCCAAUGCACCGAGUCUUCCCACCAUUACAGUAGAGUCAACGGUUCCUACCUCGAACGAUUGCAUUACGGGUAACAGUGCCAAUAUGGACGUUGAGACGGAAGACACCGCAGACACAUCAGAUAAUCUUGAGCCUUGGUUAGUAUUCCCACUACCUUCCUUUUCACUUGGGCUUUCGCAGGAGGAAAUGGUAACAGACCAGGAAACUGAAAAAGUUCAAGAACCAGAUUCUAUGGUUGUACUUGGUCCCCCGCCAUCCCCUGUUAACGAACCUCUCCGGCCCGCAAGGAAAAGCAAGCGGCAUGCUGUAGUAUCUAGGACACUGGUUGGCGAUUAUCAGUGCGAUAAGGGUAUGCUCAACCGUGUCAGACAGCAGCAAUUGUCAUCCUGCAGUGGUGGAGGAGUCACAGACUUUGAAGCGAAGUUUGCAAGACUGGUCGAGAAGCUGAAGCCGCAUAGCAUGGUCUGCCUAGGGAGUGUCAACGUUUCCGGCAAAGAACUCAUUGAUGUGUCUUCGAGACUUAAACCUCUUUCAACAAAGAUGUGUGACGCUCUUAUGCACCACUCCUGGUUUGUGUAUCAGUCCCAACAAUUGGUAAAAACAACGAAGAGCUGUCUUUUCCUGGACACCAAGUUUGUGUCACAAAUGUCGAAGACCUAUCCCAAGUUCUCUAAUUCUUCAUCUCCUGAGGAGUACGUAUUUUCCAAACAACUGAUGGAGUUCCUUUCGAAUCUUCAGACGUCCUUAUCUGGAGUGGACCGCUUCUAUUUCCCAUUUAACCUCGAUAAGAAUCACUGGGUUGGAGUGUGCGUUGACUGCAGCGCAUACACAAUGCUAGUGUUAGAUUGCAAUGCAUCUCUUCGAACCGACGCCGUGAUGUCAAAGGAACUUGCUCCAAUGUCUAAGAUGUUUCCUUACCUCCUAAAGCAGGCGGGUAGGCUUUUGAGUGCUAGGGAUUUGAAGCCUUUGCCAGUUGAACGAUGUAAAUCUAUCCCACAGAAUGGAUGCCAUCUUGACUCAGGAGUAACCUCCGUACUAAUGAUGCAGGCUCAUGCUUUCGCAGGCAUCGAGGUUUGCAAAUGCAUUACGCCGGAUGCGCUUGCUUAUGAAACCAAACGUCUUGCUGUAAUGGUUUAUGAAGAGCACUUGGGAGAGAUAUGA